AUGAAUAAUGAAAUCGAAAUAUACAUAAAAAAUAAAAUCAUAGGCAUGUUAAAUAUUCAUGACCAUGUCUUAGAAGAGUGUUUAAAAGAUACAAAGAACAAGAACAAUUUUAUAUAUUUCCUUUCAUCUUCUCCCAUAAAUACCACCCUUUUCUUUGUCUUACAUAAAUAUACUCAAGAAGAAUGUGAGAUAGACAAAGAAUUAAAUAUCAACCCUAAUGACAACACAGAAAACAUUCUCACAAAAGAUGAACAAGCUCAAAAUAAAAAAGAUAAACACAAUCAAGAUGAUGUGAAAGAUGUAGAUUCGGAUAAUAAAAAAGAAGAAGAACAAAAUAUAAAAAAUGACUUAUUAGAAGAUAAUGAUAUAACAUACACAAACCAUAUAAAUAAAAGUAAUAAUGUAGCAAAGGAGAAUAUUAAACAAGAAGAUGAGAGCAGUACAUUGGAUAUUCACACAAAUAAUAAUGAUAAAGAAGAAUUAAAAAAUAAGAAAAAAGAAAUGAAAUAUAUAUUAAAAAUGAGCAUUAAUAAUGCAUGUAUAGAUGAAUGUAUAGGAGAAGAAAAUGAAAUAUAUGAUAACAAUAAUAAUCAUGUUGAAAAAAAAAAAAAAAAUAAAAAUAUAUAUAAACAAGUUAUAUAUUUUUUAAAAAUUAAUGAUAUAAAAAUUAAGAAUAUAAAUAUAGAAGAAUAUUUUAAUAAGACAUACACUUUUGGAAAUCUUCAUCCUAAUUAUAUCAAUAAUUUUAAAACAUUUUUCAAAAUAUUUUUUAUUCCAUUUUUUCAAUGUUUAUUAAAAAAAAACAACUCCCUUGAAUAUUUCACAAAUGAUAUUGAACAAAAUGAAAAAAUUGAAAAUAUUUUAAUGAAGCUAAAAAAUUUAAAAAAAAAGGAAGACCUCAAUAAUAAUUAUUAUGAAGAAUAUCAAAAUAAAUAUUUAAAUUUUAUUGAGAAAAGUAAAUAUUCAGGGAGACAAUAUAAUGAACUAAUACAUGAAGCUCCUGAAAAUGGCUUGUUCCUAUCUCACCAAGAAGAUGGCAUUCAAAAUGUAAAUAUAAAUCAAAAGGAAAAGGAAAAAGAAAAAGAAAAAAUAUAUAAAUAUAAACACGAAAUUACAAAUAUAUAUAAAGAUAAAGAUAAAAAUAUAAAUGUAUUUACAAAUACAAACAUAGAUAUACAUAAUAAAAAACCUCCUUAUCAUCAAUACCAAGAUAUACAUCCAUAUAAUCAUUCGUAUAGUUAUAAUAAAAAGUACUUGUUAAACUCCUUUUUCUACCUAUUAAAUUAUUACAAACAAAUAAUAAAAUUGGAACAAUUUUCUCACAAUGAAAUUGUAGGAGAUAUAAUAAAACUUAAAGAUGAUCAAGAUAACAUUGAUAAAUAUUUAAAAAAUAUUUGUGAAAUAAUUAAAGAAUUUCUAUUAAAAGAAAAAAAGAAUGAUAAGAAAAGGAAAAAUGAUAAAACAAGAGUUGAAUACUGGAAAGAAAGAUAUCAUCGUAUUUAUAAUGUACAUGAACAAAUUAAUAGUAAAAAAUUCGAACAAAUCUUAGAGAACCUUAAAGGAAAAAAUUAUAAUAAAGAAUUAUGUAAUGAAAUUAAAUUAAUACUUUUAGAUAUAGAUAAUAUACAUAUGGAAUCUUUUGAAAUGAUAAAGUUUAGUAAAUUAUUAGAAACCUCAUUCGAAAAAUUAAAACAUAUACAUAUAGAUCAUAUGAAAAAUGGAAUUAAAUUAGUUAUAAAAAAAAUUAAAAAUAUAUGGUUAAGUUCUAAAUAUUUUCGUAAAGAAGAUAUUAUUAUUGCCUUCUUUCUAAGAUUAUCAAAUAUCAUAUUUGAUUUAAUUUUAUAUAUUUCGAUUAAAGUAAAAAAAUUAAAUAAACCCAAAAAAAUUAAAAAAAUUAUUUCCAAAUGUAUAGAUAUCUUAAAAUUCUAUGAAAAAGAAUUUAUAUAUGUUAAAUUAGAUAUAGAAAUUAUUGAUAUAAGAAAAAAUUGGUAUUUUGAUAAAUACAUUAUCUUUAAAGAUAUUAGACAUCUACAACAUAUUCUAGCUACAUUAUAUACUGUCUAUUCAGAAAUCAUAUAUUUCACUGAUCUAUGUUUAUUAAAAUUAAAAAAACUAGUAAAUAAUAAAAAAAUUAUGAAUAAUAUUAUCAUAGAAAUAAAUAAAUUAUAUCAACCGUUCAGUGAUCUAUUAAAAAAUAUUUACCUUUAUGAUGAUGAACGUAUUAUGAUAUUAAUGAAAAAAUUAAAUGAACAAUGUUUAAAAAUAGAAAAAAAAUGUAUCAAAAUUAUAUAUAUUCAAUUUUCUAAUUUGAGAAAUACCACUUCCACCUAUUUAUUGGUUGAAAAGUUUCAAAAUCUAAAAAAGAGUUAUAAAAUAGAUAGACUAUUAAUCAAAAAAUUAUAUGAUAUUUUGUUUUUAUAUAAAAAAGAAUUAUAUCAUUAUAUGAAUCUAUUCAACAAUAUGGAAAAUGUCAAAAAUAUGUAUAAUAUCAAAAAUAUGUAUAACAUGAAAAGUAUGGACAAUAUAAAAGGCAUACAUAAAAUGAAAAGUGGAGAUUAUAAUAUAAAAGGUGUAAAUAAUACAAAGGAUAUAAAUCAUGCUUCUAAUAUUCAAACUAAUUAUAAUAAUGUUCAUUAUAAUGAAAUGGGAUGUGAUAAUAUAUAUAAGAAAAUACUCUUUUGUCUUAAUAUAUACAAAAAAAUAAAAAAACCAAUUUUAAUAUUUAAAACGAAUACAUAUAUUACAUCAUCAAAUGAAUACAAAAUUAUAAUAAAAUUAUAUGUUAACUUUUGUAAAAAAAUGUUUUCAUAUAUUGUAGAAAAUUAUUUUAUGUGGAAAAAUAAUUCCCUUUCUCAAAUGAAUAAAAUUUUAUCAUCAAAUAUAAUAAGCAUAAAUAAACAAUUGAACUUUUAUUAUAUAAUUAACUUUAAUCCGAACUUUUUUAAAACUUUAUAUGAAUAUAUAUAUAUAGAAUCCAUAUAUGAUUUCAACACACCUAUAGAAAUAUUAAAUAUAUAUUAUUUUAAAAAAAAGCUAUAUAGAUAUUUAUAUGAAUUGAAUGAAAUUAUUUUAUUUUAUAAAAAUUUUACAAAAAACACUUCCAUAAUCCAACAAAAAGUUCUGAUAAAAUUCUUUCAAUGUUUUGAACAAAAAUUAAUUUAUAUUUCAAAUAAUAUUAAUUGGUUAAAUUUAAAUAUUGAUCAUUAUAUAAAUGAUUUAAAUAAUUGUAAAAGUGUUAUAGAAAAUGUACAUUUAUCAUUAUCUUAUUCAUUAAAUAGUAUAGACAAAAUAAUAUUUAAUAUGCAGAAUAUUAAUGUAGUCAAAUAUAUUGAUUGGAAUUGUAUGAAACCCUUACAUAUACAACCAUUCUUUAAUUAUUUUGAACAAUAUCGAAUAAAUCAAGUUACCAAAAUUAUUCAAAAAUAUCGUGAAAUAUCACAUAUACUUAUAAAAAUUGAACAAAUACUAGAAAAAACAAAAAAUGGUAGAAGUGAUAUAAUGGAUGAAUUAUAUUAUUUAUAUCAAUGUAAAAUAUAUAAAUCAUUAAGUCUAAUUAUAAUAAAAGGAUUAUGUACAUAUGAAACAUUAAUUGAAAAUAAUUUCCAAAAAAUUAAAUUCUUACAUAAUUAUUAUAAACCAUCAUUAUAUAUAAAAGAAGAUAUAUAUUCUGAUGUAUUCUUAAAUAAUUCUAUACAAAAUAUAUUCAAAUUAAUAUCCAAACUUUUAACGAAUUUAUUAUUAUCAUCAUCAGAAUUUAUUAGAUGGCUAGAUUAUUCAUGUAUUGAAGUUCCAAUAUCACUCAAAGAAGAUUUCGACGUUUUUAAAAUGAAAUUCUCAUUCUAUCAAAGUGUUAGUAAAAAUAAAAUUAUAAUCGAUAGAAUAAUACAUAUUCAUCAACUCAUACAAAAUGUUUUCCAAAAAGCUAAUAAAUAUAUUUAUAGCUUCCUAAAAUAUGAUAAUAUUAUUAAUACAAUUAUUAAAACACAAACCAAUUUUAAUAAAAACCAAAAACAUAAUACAUAUCCUCUAAUAUAUUAUGAUAAUGUACUUAAAACUAUUACAAAUAUACAAAAUAAAAUACACAAAGAAAAGGACAAAAAAAAUAUUCAAUUCAUAUCACUUAAUAUUUCAUUUGUUCUUAAUUCUAUCAAAACCAAAUUAAAUCAUUCAAAGACAUUCUUUUUUAACAAUCUCCAUUUUAUAUUUACAACACUUAAAUGUUCAACCUUGAGCGAAAUAACAAAAUAUAGUGCCAUCCUCAAAACUUCUUCAAAUUCAAUGGACAAAUAUGAAAACAUCAUAAAAACAAUUAACACAAUAAAAUCAGAAAACAUCAACAUAGAAAUAAAUAUCCAAAAAACAGAAGAAAUAUAUAACAUUUUAACAAUAUAUCAAGAUAAUCAUAUAAAAGAUGAACAGAAAGAUAAACUAUUUUCUUUAUAUCCAUUAUAUUUAAAUAUGCUCAACUUGGCCUUCUUUAACGACAACCUCAUGUUUGCCAUAAAACAAGAAUUCUACAAAAACACAAAGGAAAAGAUUAUCCUAUUUGAAGAAAAAGUAAAAAAUAUUUUAGAAAUGUUCCAUUCAUCUGGACCAUCAUCACAAAAUAUAGAUUUAAAUGAAGGAAUGGAAAGCCUUAAAAAAUACAUCAACAAUUUUAAAGAACUAGAAAUUGAAAAGGAGGAAAUUAUAAAAGCUCAAAUUUUAUGUAAUAUGAAAAUAUUACUUUUCGAAAAUUUUUAUUUACUAAAAAAUACUAUCAAAAUAUAUAAUUCCAUUUAUUCAAUAUAUAAUUCUUAUAAUACACGAAUCAACGAUUUUCUUGACGUUAUAUAUUACAAGCUUAAUAUAAAAGAAAUAAAUAAAUCUCUCACAGAAGUAAAAAAUGAGUUGACAGAAUUACAAAAAAAUCAAGAAGAAGCCAAAAAUAUCUUGGCAUUUAAAAAAAUUAAAGAAGAAUUAUACAAAAUGAACAUCAUAUUGACAAUUGUCUUUUUGUUACAAAACACAAAUAUGAAAUUAUCAAAUUGGAAAGAAAUAAUAAAUCUUCAUUUCAAUAGAAAACAAAUAAAAAAUAAAACCAUAUUAGAAAAUACAAUAAUAAUUAAUGAUAAAACUAUAAAUAUAAAAUCUAUAACAUUAUAUGAUAUGCAACAACUACAAAUAUAUCUAUACUUUAACGACAUCAAAUAUAUCAUAUACAAAAUUAAGGAAGUAGAAAAAUUAGAAAAAAAUCUUAACGAUAUUGAAAAUAAUUGGAAACAAGAAUCCUUAAAAAUAAAAAAAUAUAAUGAUUACAUACUCCUUGAAGAUAAUAAUCAUAUAUUCAUUAAUAUUAAAAAUACAUUCAAUAAUUUACAUUUUAUGAGAAAUAUACGCUUUGCUCAAGAUCUAAUACCCAAAAUAAAUUAUAUACAAAAUAAGCUCCUUUUUAUAUAUGAACUCUUAUCUUUAUGGAUCAAUACACAAGAUAUAUGGCUUCGACUGGAAAAUUUCUUCCAAAACGAAAAUUUUAACCACUUCAGCAACGAAUUAAAAAAUUUCAACAAAAUAAACAAAACAUACAUAGAAAUAAUGAAAAGCGUAAAAAAAAAUUUGAAUUUAUUUCAAAACGCUAACACUCAUUUCUUCUAUAUUUUGAAAAAUUAUAAUGAAAGCUUAUUAUUUUUAUACAAUGAAACUAUAAAUAUUCUACAAGACAAAAAAUUUACAUUCCCAGACUUCUUUUUUUUGACUGAUCAAGAAUUGUUUGAUCUUUUAUCUAAUAGCGACACAGAAACAUUAAAAAAAUAUUGCCAUAUAAUUUAUCAAGACCUUUUAACCUUUAACGAUAUAGAUAAAACGAUUAUUGAAGUUGUUACAACAAAAAAUAAUAACUUCAAUUUAAAAAAUGGUAUUAAAAUAAAUGGAAUUGAUACAUACUUUAUGUUAAAAGAAAUGAUAAAAAGUUCUUUGAAAGAAAAUAUAAUGACAAGUCUGAAAAAUUAUUACAACAACAACAUCAUUUUAAACAUAAUUAUUAACGACAUAUCCAUAGUCUCAUGUGUAGUAAUAAAAGUUAUAUUAACAGAGGAAGUUAAAGAAAUUAUGCAAAGAAAAAAUCUUGAAUAUACCCAAAGUGUGCUAAAUAAAUAUAAGGACAUGUUGGACAAUUUAAUUAAUGAACUAAAAAAUAUGAAAGGGAAAGAUAUACAAAAGACAGAAUAUUGUAUCAUAAUAUUUUUAGAAUUUAUAGAAUUUCUAAAAAAAAUAAUCCAAGAAAAUAUUCUCGAUGAAAAUCAUUUUUUCAUUUACUAUCAAUUCAAAUAUGUUCUAAAUAAAAAUAAGGAAGAAAUAUUAGUAACAUACGGAAAUUAUACCUUUAAAUAUAACUAUGAUAUAUUAGAAAAUGAUAAUAUGUUUAUUAAUCUAAUACCAAAUAAUAAAUAUAUAUUUACUAUAUGCUCAAAUAUAUACAAGUCUUACUAUAACAUGAUUAAAGGAAAAAACAAAAAAUCAACUAUAAAAUAUAUAACUUCAUCAUUGGGGUUAAGAACGCAUUAUAUUAAUGCACACACAAAUGAUAUACUACAAAAUAAUAUAUUGGGAUCUAUUCAACAAGGUUAUGCCUUAGUUAUACAAAAUGUGGAUGAUUUCAAUAUUGAAACCCUGUCAGUUUUAACAAAUAUUUUUAGAACAAUACAGACAUGCUUAAAAAAAAAGGAAAAAAACAUUUACAUUUUUAAUAAAGAUAUCAUAUUUGAUCAUAGCUCCGUAAUAUUUUUCACAUACAAAUAUGGAAGAAAUAUUCCCAUAAAUUUUAAAAACAUGUGUAAAGAAGUACUCUUAAAUAAUUAUCAAGAAAUCGAACUCCUAUAUAUAUAUAUGUACUUAAACAAUUUUACAAAUAUUAAAAGUCUUUCUAUAACACUAUGGAAUUUUAUGGAGUAUAUAAAUUUUACCUUUUUCAAUUCCAAAAAUAAUAUGUUAAUGGAUUCAAUUAAUAUAAUAAAAUUAUGUAAAAACCAAAAAGAAGAAUAUACAAAAGAUCAAAUGUUAGCUCAGUAUAUAUUUAUUUAUUAUUAUAAUAAACUGGAGAAUGCUAAUCCUAACAAAUUAAAGAGUUUAAUAAAAACAUUCUUCAAUAUAGAAAUUGAUAAAAGAUUAUUCUUUGAGGAUCAAUCUAAUCGUUUAAAGGAGGAGUUACAAAAAGAAUAUAUAUUUUUAAAAGAUGAUUUGUUUUAUAAAUAUCAAGAAGAUAUAUAUAUAUUAAAUGAAAAAUUAAAUAAUGAUUUUAUCUCAAUAUUAUACGGAAAUCCAUUCAUAGGAAAAUCAACAAUGUUAAGGAUAUAUAACACUCUAUAUAAUUAUAAGCACAAAUUUAUAUAUUUAGACGCCCUAUAUGAUUCACAAAAUAAUUUGAACGAACAAUUUUUAUAUGAAUUUAUUAAAAAGAAAAAAGAUAAAUAUGAAACAUACAAUUUUAUAAUAAAAAUAAAUAGUAUUAAUUCAUAUAUAUAUCACACAUUGUCUUCCAUUAAUUUAUAUUCAUCAAAAAUUAAAAAACGUGAUGAGAAUGAUAUAAAGUGUAAAAUUAUAAUUGAGUGUAAUAAUAUUUCCUACAUAGAUCCUUAUAUGCUUAACAAAACGAAUAAAGUCUAUAUACAAGACAAUAUAAACAUUUACAAUUAUUUUAAAAACAGAAGUUAUUAUAUAUUAAAUUAUAUAUUAAAUAUUAACUUGUCUGAUGAAAAAAACGUAGAAGAUAAUAAAAAUUGUAUUAAUUAUAAAAAUUAUUAUCUAGAAAGAAAAAAUAUUCUUCUUCAAAUAUAUGAAGAGUUUAAAGUAUUCUACAAAAAAUUUAUGAUACCAAUAUUUGAUUAUAUAGAUAAAAAGAAAAAAAAAAAAAGACCAUACAUAUAUUCAAACAAUAAUAAUAAUAAUAAUAAUAAUAACAAUAGUAAUAAUAAUAAUAAUAGUACUAUUAAUCAUUUUUAUAAAUAUAGUAAUAUAUAUAAUGAUGAUGAUGUGAAAAAAACAAAACAAAAUGGGAAUCCAAAAGACAACUCAUUAAUAUUCAAUUCAUCCAUACUACAACUUACCUUGGAUAAUAAAAUUAUCAUAAAUAAUUUCAUAGAUAUAUUUAAAAGUAAUAUAUUGUACUUUUUGAAAUAUAAAGACGAAGAAUAUGAAGAAACACAAAAAAAUAAUAAUAUAACUAAUAUAAAAGAAUUCGAUGAUAAUAAAUCAAGUUACCAAUAUACUUAUGAUAAUGAUCAUACACAACAAGAAUGUGAUUUAGAAAACCUAGACAAAAAUUAUAUAGAAAAUAUUUGUAUAAUACAAGCAGAUCAAGAAAAUAAUAAAAAAGUAGAAUUAUAUAAUAAACAAGAAAUUUACAAAAUAGUUAUAAUUAAAGAAAACAUUCAUUCUAUAUUAAUCAGUUGUCUUGUUUUCCUUUUUAAUAAUUUCUUAAAUGAACAUGAAAAAUAUAAUUUCUUUCAUUUCCUAAUAAAUUUAUGCAUAGAUAAUAAUAUUAAUGUUGAUAAUAAUAUAACAAAUAAAUACUAUAACAUACAAAAGGGAAUAUGGAUUGCCAUAAGUAGUUACUUCAACAUCUCUACUACUAACCAAUUUAAUAACGAAAGCUUAAUAUUUUACGACGAAGAAAUAAAGAAAAAAAUUAAUUCAAUCAGUUUAUUAUAUCAAGGAGAAUGUAAUAUUUGUUUAAUAGGAAAGACAAAAAAUUGUAAGACUAUUAUUCUUAACGAAAUAAUUGACAAACAUAAAAAAAUUAAUCACAUAACAAUAAAUGUGUUAAAAUAUACGAAUGUUUUAAAUUAUAAAAUUUUACAUGAUAAAUUAAUCAAAAAAAAUAUUAAAAAGUAUUUUCAUCAAUCAUUGUUAUAUAUAUGUAUAGACGACAUACACAUAAAUUAUGAUAAACAAAUCAACCCUUCUAUAGAGUUUCUUCAAAAUCUUCAAAGAAAUUUAUGCUAUUUCGAAAAUAAAACUCUUGAUAUAGAAAAUAUAAGAAGCAUUAUUUCGUUACACUAUGAUCACAUAAAUGAACAUGAUUAUUAUCAAAACAUGUCAUAUUAUUAUUCCCUCAUAUUCUUAAAUACAGAUAAAAAAUCUCUACUUACAUAUUUUAAUGCAUUGAUUAAUCAUACACUCAACAAUAAAUACGAAACAAUACAUAAUAAACUAGUUAGCUACAGCAUAGACGUAUUCUGGAAGAUACACGAAGAAAUUAAUUUUAAACAGAAAAAAGAAAACCAUUUGAUAUUUACGAAAGAAAAUAUUUUCUUGCUAUAUGAAGAUUUAUUGUAUUGUAAAACUAACUAUAUGAAUGAGCAGGAUGUCAUAACAAACUGGUGCCAAGCUUCUAAAAAUAUUAUUCUAAAUAGGAUCCUAAGAAAGGAGAAUAAAAAGCAAAUUAUGAUAUUACUCAAAGAUAUUGAAGAGAAAUACUUUACAAACAUAGAAAAGAAUAAUUCAUCAGUAUAUAUAAAUUAUUUCUCCAAAGAGACUUAUGAACAUGUAGAAAGAAACACACUUAAAGAGGAAUUUUUAAGAAGCCUUAGCAGUUAUCAUAAUUUGUAUAUGAACACAAAUGUAUUUGUUGAAUUUUAUUUUGAAACAAUUAUAGAAAUUUAUAAGAAAAUAAGUAAAAAUUAUAAAACGUCUAUGAUCAUAUGUAUGAAUAAAAAGAGAGCUGUCAUUUUAUUAAGUGCUGUAGCAUAUAUAUUAAAUAUAAAUACAAUAAUAGUAAAUAAAACAAGCAUACAAGAAAAUGUACAAGAUAAAAUUAAUUACUACAAUAGAUUACGGUUUCAAAAAAAUCUUUUUAUUCUAAUUAAUUUUACGAAUAAAUAUUAUGAUUAUUUUUAUUCCUUAAUUUAUAAAACAUUCCCUCCUCUUCUCUUUGAAAAAAAAGAGCUCUUUCAAAUGUACACAAAAACGGGUCUCAUAUCAAACGAGUUGAAGUGGGAAAAUAUAAAAACGAUAAUGAAAAAUAAUACUUAUGCCUGUCUUAUACAUGAAAAACGAUUCGAUUUGUACACGUCCAAUUUUCAAAUUUAUAAAAAUAUUUAUAACGACAUUCAUAUUAUACAUAUAGACAGCUGGGAUAAGGAAGAAUAUAUUAAUUACUGCAAUCUCUUUUUGAAAAAUAUACACGACAAUCAUUUUAUAGAUAAUAUAUUAAACACUUUUAAAAAAAAAGUAAUACUCAACACAUUAGAGGACGAUAGUGAACACACGACAAAACCAAUAUCUAUAAAAAAAAAAGAUAAUAAGGAAAAAAACAAAACUAUAUUUAUUAAUUCGGUUGAUUAUAUGAAAAAUAAAAACGAAGAAAAGCAAACAAAUGAAAAAAAAAAAAAAAACAACGAAAAAAAAGACAACAAUGAAAAUAAACAAAAUAAAGAUAAUAUAGAUGAGAAGAAUCAAAAUAACCAAACAGAAAAAAUAAAAGAUCUCAAAUUAAAUGUACAAAAUGAAGAAAAUAAUAAUAAUAAUAAUAAUAAUGCACAAGAUAAUGUAUACAGUAAUAAUAUUAAUAAUAAUAAUAUUAAUAAUUAUGAUGAACAUAUAAAACAAAACAAUCAUUAUAAUUUAUAUCCUACAAAUAAAAAAACAGAUAAUGAACAAAAUAAAAAUAGUCAAGGAAAAUCGGAAGAAACACAAAACAUUACUCAAAAUGAAAACAAAAACAAAAUUAAAAAUAUUACAAACAAAAAAAAAAAAAAAAAAAAUCAAACACAGAAAAUAUUUUCUCAAAAUAAAAAUGUAAAACAAGAAAAUGUCCCCAUUCCUCAAAAUCAUAAUACCUAUGGAAUACAACAUAAGCGAAUUCAUGAUACACUUAAUAGUAAGGAGAAGAAAGAAAGAAAAAACAAACAAAAAAUUCUAAAUACAAAUAAUAAUGAUAAAAAUGAAUCACGUGAUACAAACAUUAAGGAUAAUUCAAAUAAUACAAUAAAAAAUGUAAACCUUAAUAAAAUUCCAAACAAAAAUCAUACCAAACAAAGUAUCAAAAAUAUAAAAAAAGAAAGUAAUACCAUACAAGAACAAAAUAAAAAAAUAAAGAAAACUCAAAUGAAAGAAAACAUGAACACAAAUGAACAAAAUGUAAAGCAUACUAAACAAAAAAUAGGGAAUCAAAAUAAUAAAUCAAAAGCAAAAGAAAAAGAAAAAGAAAAAACAAACAAAAUAACCAAUAUAAAAAAGGCUAAUAAAAAUGAUAAGUAUAAUAUAAUCAUGUCAUCUAGCCAUGAUGAAGAUAAUAACAAACAAGCACUACAAAAGCAUGAUCAAAUUAUAAAUCAAGAAUUAGAAUGUAACCAAAAAAAUGUUCAACAACCAAUUUGUGAAGUACAAAAUAAAUUACAUAAUGUAGAUAAUGAACAGGAUAAAAAACAAGCUCCAUUAAAUAAAAUAAAUGAACAAAAUGAAAUAGCGAAUAACCAAGAUAUAAUAGAAAAUAUGGGCAAUUCAAAAAAUAUAAAUGAAGCCAAACUUUUGAAUAAUCAAACAAUGAACCUACAAAAUGGUGAUUAUAAUAAAAUCAAACAUAUAAAAGGUACCGAAGAGUGCAAAAAAAUGGACAAACGUAAGGAUAAUAAUAAAAAUGAUAACAAUAAAAAUGAUAAUAAUAAAAAUGAUAAUAAUAAAAAUGAUAAUAAAAAUGAUAAUAAUAAAAAUGAUAAUAAUAAAAAUGAUAAUAACAAUGAUCAUAAUAAUGAUAACAAUAAUGAUAACAAUAAUGAUAAUAAUAAUAAUUGUAAUAGUAUCCAUCAUAUACAUAAUAAUGACAAAUUAUUAAACCAAAGCAACAAUUAUAUUAAGGAGAAACAACAUAAAAACACAACUUUUUAUAUGAUCGAAAAACAAAAGGAUAAUAUUAUUAAUACAUGCAUUCAAGUGUAUUAUCAUAUGAAAACCUUUAUUCAUAGAAAUAAAAAAACUAACUGUAUAAGAAUAAACAAAUGUAAUUUUAUAGACACCUUAAUUAUGUUCUACAUUUUAUUAAAAAACAAAUUAAAUUAUAAAAACAAACAAUUAUAUAUGUUUAAAAUGGGACUAAAAAAAAUUGAAGAUAUCUUCCAAAAUUAUAAUCAUAUAAAAAGAGAAAUCGAAAAUAUUACUUCAUCCAUAUUACAAAUGAAUAACAGUAUAAAGUUAUUAAAUGAAGAUAUUGAGAAAAAUUCCUUAAAUCAUAUUCAAUUAGAAGAAACAUUAAAUUCAAAUAAAAAAAUAUUAAAUAAAAUUACAAAUGAUAUAGAUGAAAUGAUGGAAAAAAAAAAUGAAUCUGAAAAAUUAAUUGAAGAAGAAUGUAUUAAUAUAAUUUUUAAAAUACAGAAUGUCGAAAAUAAUGAUAUAAAAAAUAUAUUAAAAAAUAAUUAUCCUGAUAUUAUACAUAUAAAUAUAUGUAUUAUGAUUAAUACACUUAUACGGAAUACCUUUUUAAAUGACAAUAAUGAUAAUUGGAAUUAUUUUAAAAAUUUAUUGUCAAAAGAUAAUUUUUCAAAAAUAUUUUUUAAUUUUAAAAAAGAAAAUGUAACAGAUAAACAAAUAAAACGAAUCAAAGAAUACAUGAACAAAGAUGAAGUUGUUUAUAAUACCAAAAGGAUCUAUGAAAUGAAUAAUAUUUUUACAUAUCUUUUUGAAUGGAUUGUUUUCAUAAUAAAAUAUAAAGAACAUCAUAAAGAUAUGUCUAAUAUAAAUAAUAUUAUAUCAUCAAAUAAAAUAAAAAAACAAAAAUAUGAUAUAGAAAAUAAUAUCUUGUUGGAACAAAUUAUAUCAAAUAAAACAUCUAUAGUUAAUAAUAAAAAUCAAGUAAAUAAUAAAACAGAAAUAAUAGAUAACCUAAAUAAAAAAUUACAUAUUAUUAAUAAAGCAUAUUUACCAUAUCUAGAAAUUAAACCUUUUCUACUAAAAAUACAAAAAAAAUAUAUAUAUAUUAUAAAUAAAAUUAUUAAUAAUUAUAAAUAUAUCAUUUCAGAAAUUUUACUCUAUUCAUUCUUUCUAAACUAUUCUUCAUCUUUUAAUUAUAAAUAUAGAUCCUAUUUAAUAAAUUUAUGGAUAUCUAUUAUCAAAAAUAAUUAUAUUAUAAUCAAAGAUAAUAUAAAUAUACAACAAAUAUAUACAUCUGAUACUAUCAUAUCAUUAUUUCUAUCAAAUAAUUUCCCAAGACAUAUAUUCUAUGUUCAAAAUGCACUAAUAUCAUUUAAUCAUUUCAGAUGGCCUCUACUAGUAGAUAUACAAAAUAUUGGUCUACAAUGGUUAAAAAAAAGUUUUACAAAUAAUCUAGUAAUACAUAAUUUUGAUGAUAAUAUAACCAAACAUCUAGACAUGUGUAUAAUAUAUGGAAAAAUACUUAUCAUACAAUAUUUCAAUUUCCAAAAUUUAUAUAUAUAUGAUAAAAAAUAUAAUCAUUCAUUUAAUACUAAUAAUCAUUCUGUGCAUGAACAUUUUAAAAAUAUACGACAAAACCAUUUAUUUAAAAAAAAAAAAAUUAUUAAAAAUAAGCAUAUUCAACUUAAUUCAAACUAUUCAAUAAUAGAACCAUUAAUAGAGCGCAACAUAUAUCUCUCAAACGGAAAAUAUUACAUAAAUAUAGGAAAGAAAAAACUUGAAUACAAUAGGGAGUUUAAAUUAUUCCUUGUAAGCGAUACGAACGACCGAUAUUUCCAAGAUAUAGAAGACUACGUUAAUGUAAUUAAUUUUAAAAUCGAUAAAAAUCUAAUUAUAAAUAAAAUUACUAACAUUAUACUUAAACAUGAAGAAGAAAGAAAGGUUCUAAAUUUUAACACAAAAAUUAAAAACUAUUAUGAAACUAAACAAACAUUAAAAUUUUUAGACGAUGGAAUGAUAAUAGAAUUAUGUUCGUUUAAUAAUGUUGCUAGUAUAAAUAACAACAUCAACACAAUCAACCAUAACGAUAAUAAUAACAGCAAUAUCGAAAACAAUAUAGAUAAUAAUAACAUAAAUAAUAAUAAUAAUAAUAAUAAUAAUAAUAAUAAAAAUCUUAUUAAUGCCAUAAAUAAUAAUGCUCUUAAAAAAAUCGAAAUAAAAAAAUUAUUAAAAGAAUAUCAACAAGAAAUUGUCAAAAUAAAUGAUUCAUCUAAAAAUAUUAAAUAUCUAGGUUAUAGAUUUCAUUCUAUAUAUAAAAUAUUAUUAUUAUUAUCACAACUCAAAUCUAUCUAUUAUUUUAAUUUUAAUUAUUUAUUAAAUAUAUUAAAUAACCUAAUUAAAAAUAUUAAUAAGAAAAUGAUAAUAUGUAAUUUUAAUCAACUAAUCAAAAAAUUUACUCAUAAUUGUUUUCUAUUCAUAUUAAAUUCAAUAAACAAAAAAGACACAUUAUUCUUUUUAUUUAUCUUUUAUACAUCAUUAAUAUUUGAACAACAAAAAUUAAAUUCUACACAACAACAACAAAAUAAUAAUAAUAAUAAUGUCAAAUCUAUUAAAAUAGAAAAAUAUACAUAUUAUUCUUUAUUCUUAAAAAUCAACAAUUUAUACAAUAUAAAUACAAAUACGUUAAAUAAUAUUGAAUGGUUAAAUACAAAAAAAAAGAGACAACUUAUAUUUAUACAAAAGGAAUAUAACAAACUUCAAAUAUUAAUAAAUGAUAUACAAAAUAAUACUAUUGAAUAUUUUAAUUGGUAUAAACAAACAAAACCAGAAGAAAAUCUUUUCUUCCUUAAAAAAAUACAAUUAAAUACAUUAGAAAUUAUAUUAUUUAUUUAUAUUAUGCGCAAGGAUAGAUUAUUUUUUUAUAUAUAUUCACAAUUAAAAAAUUAUCUAGACUUAACAGAAACAUUCACAUUUUCUCUCCCAAGCGACCUAAAUUAUAUAGAUGCAAAAACGUUUCUAUAUAUUACAGAACCAAACCAUUCUUAUGAUUAUAUAUUAUCAAAAUGUAACAUUAAUAAAAAUAAAAAUAAUUAUAGUUAUGGUAUAAAUCAUACCACUAAUAAAAACAAUACUACUACCAGUAAUAAUAAUAUUACUACUAUUACAACCAAUAGUAGUAAUAUUCAUAAUAAUAGUAGCUCUUUAAAAAUUCUUAGUGUUGGCAACAAUCUUAAUAAUGAUAUUCAAAUAUCCAUUGAAACUUCUUUACAAAACGGAAAAAAAUUAUUAUUAGAAAAUUUCCAUUUAAUUAAUUUUAAUAUAGAUAAAUUUUACGAAAUAUAUAAUAACAAAAAAAUACAUUCAAAUUUUCAAUUAAUCUUAACAGCAGAAAAAUAUUUAUCUCUAUCCAUAAUUAAAAAAGCAAUUAAAAUUUAUUCACAUAAAGAACAAUUUUUGAAAACAUUGAUCUUAGACUUUUUCAUUUAUGUACACAAUAUAUACAAACAAAAAUUAAAAAAUAAUUUUAUAAACUCUUUCCUAUUCUCAUUAUCAUUUUUUCACACCAUAUUAAUAUCUAGAUGCAAUUACAAUAACUUUGGAUUCGAUCAUUUUUAUUAUUUUGAUAAUAAAGAUUUUGAAACAACAUUUGAUUCUUUAAUAUAUUAUUUUAAUUUAAUUCAACAGAAAAAUGUUUUAAAUCAUCUCUCCGAUGCACAUCAGAUGGAUUCGCAAUAUUUUAAUCAAACAUCUAUAACGGAGCAACAUGAAACGAAGGAGGUUAAUAUAAACUGGCAAUUCGUAAAAGAUAUUAUCCUAAACGUAUAUUCAAGUAAAGUAAAGCACACGGACAGGAAUAUUAUAAAAAGCUAUAUCAACGAAUAUUUUAAUGAAUAUUCAUUUAAUGAGAAAAACGAGUUUAUUUUUUCUGUUGAUGGAUCAUAUAAAUAUAAAUUUUUACUAAACCGUUCUAUCAAAGAAUAUAUCAAUUUAAUUAAGAGUUACCCCAUUUUCAAUAGUUGCAAAACAUAUGGAAUGAAGAUUGAAGCGGAUAAGAAGAAAGAAGAAGAACAAAAUAAAAAUCUCCUCAACAAUUUAAAGAAAAUAUGUCAAGAUGAAAUUUUAAUAUACGAGAAAGAGAAUAAUGACAAAGAUAUUUUCUUUAACCUUGACAGUGACUAUUAUUCAAGCUCCUUUCUAAAUUCGGAUAGUACAGAUGUUCUUAAAAUAAAAGAGCUUAAUGUAAAUGAAAAUGACCCAGUCAUAACAAAAAUAAAUAGUACAGAAACAAAUGAAUAUAUUAUAAAUAAUGAGAACAUACAUUUUGUAAAUAUUAAUAAAGACAAUAGUGAUAUUAAAACAUUUGCAAAAAUGUUUAAACAUACUUAUACAAAUAAUAUAAAUGAAAUAAAUUAUAUAAAUAAUAUAAAUAAUAUAAAUAAUAGUAUAUAUAAUAAUAAUUAUUAUUAUGAUGAUGAUCUAAUUUAUGAACACAAUUUAUUAAAUAUGGACUUCAUGAAGAAUAUAAAAAAGAUGAAUGAAUUUUAUGAAUUACUCAAAAAACUUAAAUUAUUGUUUAAAGAUAACCUUAACAUAAAUUCACAAUGGCAUAAAAAUAAUAUGACAACAAUACAAUUAUGUUGUAAAAAAGAAACUAAAAUAUUUAAAGAAAUUACAAAUAAUCUGUAUUUCGAUGUAAUACAAAUAGAACAACAAUUAAAUAAAAAUAAGAAAAAAUUAGAUAUUCAUACAAAAAUUAUUAUGAUCUUUUUAUCAUUAAAUAAAAUACCACCAAAAUGGUCUAUGUAUUUUAAUAAAAAAAUCAAAUAUGUAAAUAAUUUUAUAACCUAUUUUGAAAAUAUAAAAGAACAAUUAUAUUUCUGGAAUAUUACAGGGGAACUCAAAUUUUAUAAUAUACAAUAUCUAUUUUAUCCUACUCUAUUUUUUAAAGCUUUAUUAAUUAAAUAUAGUUUUAUAUAUCAAAAAAAAAUUAAAGAUUGUAUUCUUAUAUGCAAAACUAAUAAUGACUCUGACAUAAAUAAAAAGGAAAAUGUACAUACACAAAAAAAUAUUUACUAUAGUAGUGAUGAAGAUAUAGAAUUUGUUUCAAACCAAAUCAAUUAUUCAAAUUAUGUUCAUUAUGAUAUGCACAUAUAUACUGAUAUAGAUAUUGUCGGCAUAUAUACCUUGAACAACAAUUUUGAUUGUUUUGGAAUGAAGUCUAAAAAUAACAAGAAAUACGAUCAACUUCCCAUAAUAACAUUAAGUGUUAUUGAGAAGAAGGAAAAAAAUAUAUUAAAAGAUAAAAAAAUACCUCUUUAUCAAAACAAAUAUAAUAAAAAAUUAAACAAAAACAAAAAUAAUAAGUUUAUAACAUAUUUGUAUUUUAAAUCCGACAAACACAAGUCCUUCAUAUAUAUAAAUAAAAUCUACUUAUUUAUAUAUGACUAA